UUAUUGAGCACAAAUGCAGUGAAACCAGCCAGUCGAAGCCAAACACGGCAUUUCUGCAGAGUCUUCUGAACCGGAUCUGAAGAAACACUAAUGCUGCUGAUGGCUUUCAGUGGGAAAUAUCAGCUGGAGUCACACGAGAACUUCGAGGCGUUCAUGAAGGCCAUUGGGUUGCCAGAUGAUGAGAUUGAGAAAGGCAAAGACAUCAAGAGCAUCUCAGAGAUCCAUCAGGACGGAAACGACUUCAAAGUGACGUUGACGGCGGGAACUAAAGUCGUCCUGUACUCGUUUACUGUGGGUGAAGAGUGUGAACUGGAGACCUUCACUGGAGAAAACGCGAAAACUGUGGUUCACAUGGACGGGAAUAAGCUGAUGGUGUGUGUGAAGGGGAUCGAGUCUGUGACGGAGCUGAACGGAGACACCAUCAUUAAUAUCCUCACCUUCGACGGCAUCGUCUACAAGAGGAUCAGCAGACGCAUCUCCUGAUCAGACCGAGCAUCAUGGGUUUGUCGCUGAGCACGGCCUCCCUCAUGCUGCGAUAGACCCUCUCGUUCUGCUUGAACAAACACAGCUCCAUC